AUGAGAUUUACUAAGAGUUACCGUCACAGGAGAAUGACUGGCUUGGAUAGUGUCUCAGCUGGUGCUACCACACCCAAGCGGUCACGUCUACUAUCAUUUAUCAACUUCCCCGGCACCCGCCGCAAAAAUGUUGAACAACCACCACCGCCUUUCCUCGAGUUCCGUUCCUCCACCUUCUUUAUCCUCCUCACCGUCUGUUUGGCUAUUUUCACCGACAUUCUGUUCUACGGCCUAAUCGUGCCCGUUUUCCCAUUCAGCCUCUUGGAACAGAUCGGGUUGGCAGAAAACAAAGUGCAAGAAUGGACCGCCAUCCUGCUCGCCUGUUACAACGUCACUCUUUUCCUGGGUGCCCCGAUUGUCGGGUUUUACGCCGACCAUUCCUCAUCGCGUAGAUGGCCGCUGCUUCUUGGGCUGGUGGCGCUCUGCGGGUCUACCCUAUUGUUGUGUCUGAGCAAGACGAUUGCCCUGCUUGUGGUGGGGAGGCUGCUCCAAGGACUGAGUGCCGCCAUCGUUUGGUCGGUUGGGCUGGCAUUGUUGGUCGACACGGUCGGGAGAGACAUCGGUUAUGCCAUGGGAUAUGUCACGAUUGCCAUGUCGGUAGGCUUGCUGAUCUCACCGGUUAUUGGUGGGGCGGUAUACGAAGCAGCUGGCUACUAUGCUGUGUUCUAUAUCGCCUUUGCAGUUGUAGCCUGCGAUAUCGCUCUCCGCCUGGUGUUGGUCGAGAAGAGAGUUGCUCAACAAUGGGUCGUAGGACCUGAGUCUUCGGAAGCUGAAAGUGCAACUACAAUUACCAAUAACAGGGAAGAUGUGGAAAAGCAGGUCCAAGCAACAAGCCAGGCAGGAGCCGACCCAGCCUUGCCACCCUCACCGACCCGAGCCGGAACCAGUUCCGGUGACCCGAUUGCAGCAUUGUCGACGCCGGUCCUGAAUCCUGCAAAACACCCCCAUUGGGAGCUAAUCAAGAAUCGUCGCAUGUUAGCUGCCUUGGUUGGUAUAGCGAUUGAAGCGUGCCGGUCAUUUGCCAAUAGCCUUGCGAGUGCUGAUUUCUCUGACAGGUUCGCGUUUGAUACUGUGAUUCCGCUCUACGUUAAACAAACAUUCGAAUGGAACUCGACGGCAGCCGGCCUGAUCUUCAUCUGUGUCAUGGUCCCCGGUUUUGUAUCUCCGAUUGUUGGUAAGCUCGCCGACAAGCAUGGCGCCAAGUGGUUUUCAGUCGCCGGGUUUGCCCUCUCUAUCCCGCCGUUGGUCUGCCUUCGAUUUGUGACGCGUAACACGAUAGAGCACAAGGUCUUGCUUUGUGCACUUUUGACGUUGUUGGGCGUUACACUUGUUACCUUGGCCAACACACCCCUCAUGGCAGAAAUAACCUACGCUAUCGAUGAGCGUGAGGCUCAACAGCCGGGAGUGUGGGGUGAAAAGGGGGUCUAUGGUAUCGCCUAUGGUCUGUUCACCACUGCAUACGCUCUCGGUGGGACGAUUGGCAGCAUCACAGCUGGGUACAUCCAAGCAGGACCAGGUUGGGGAACCACCACAUGGUAUUGUGGUGUGUGGGCUGCGGCAGGAGCGGUUGUCUCUUUUUGGCUUGGGGCGAGGCCUGAUGAGGCGCCCAAAAGACAAAGACCCGAUGAUGAAGAACUACCGGCAUCAACAAGCGGGGUUAUGUAG